AUGAAUAAAGAAGAGAAUCUUAUUGAAUUAGUCAUCAGCCAAAAUAGUGCGGACAACAACUUGAGGGUCCAUGCCGAGCUAGAAUUCAAUAGAACAGCUGGGGAAAAUCCCACUAGAACUGUUUAUGAACUAAUUCGGGCUUGCGCACACGAUAGUUCACAUCCGAUAGACGUAAAACAGUCAUGCUUGCUUCAUUUGAAACGCUUAGUACCCAAAUUUUGGUCUGCAGGAUUUCAACUGUUCAUCGGCCCACCCAUUGAGCAAGAGACAAAGGCCUUUAUUCGUGAAAGCUUGCUUCUUCUUGCAACGUCGUCGACUUCUUCGAAAAUAAGAUCUGGGAGUUCCUACGUAAUUGUACAAAUCGCAGCCGUUGACUUCCCAGACGAGUGGCCAGACCUUCUCGAGAAGAUAUAUACACGUGCAACUGAGAAUCAGAGUGUUGUAUCGGUAGUGGGGAGUUUGUCCGUGCUCAAUGACUUGUUUGAUGAUUUGAUAAGCGAAAGCCAAUUUUGGGAAGGAGGAGUUGGGAAUAAACUUAUUAGCUUUGUUGGCUAUCUUCUUCAGCAACCAGGAAUGUCGCCAGAAAUCAAGAUAAGUGCACUCAGAUUACACCUCACAGUGUUAGACACUUUACUGAGUCCAGAAGCGCAUGAACUGGAGGAGCGCAAGCGAUCUGUCGCAAGUCAUGUCAAAUUUCUCAGUGAGGUUUUACUUUCACUUGUCAAGGAUCUGAUCAACUUGUCUUCCUCCAGUAUAUCUGUCGAGCUAGUACAGCUAUCUCUCAGAUCAUACUUGUACCAAGUGUUUACAAAGAUUUUGAACAGCUUUAGAAAACAAUUUCUGUCGUGCGAGAUCUCUGAUCUUAUACAUGUAUUGAAUGAGGAUAUCUCAUUGGGGUCUAAAGUGACAUUGGAUUCGGCACAAUUCGAGAAAUUUACAGUGGCUUUAUCCAUGUGUGCUCAGUACCCAAAGGUAACGAUGCAUGAUUACACAGAAGACUUUAAUCUCUUUGUGACAAGUGAAACAGGAUUAUCUUCACAAACCACUAUUCGUGACUCGAUUAAAGAGCUACUUAGUGAGUUGAAUGAAAGAGAUGCGGUCGCAAUUUUCCAAUUGACUAAAUUAUAUUUAUCUCAGGGUCUGGAAAGUUGGAUAGAACUAGAAGCCAUGUUGUUUUUGAGUGAGGGACUUUUUUUAGAUCAGGAUUCGAUAACUUCAGACAAUGGUGUCUCUUUAACACCAUAUUUGGAGUCGCUUUAUUCCUUGAUCCUGUCGAGUAAUUCCAUAGAGAUUCCACCAUUGCUUAUGGCGAGAGUCAUUCUUUUGGUCCCAAGAGUAUUUGGAAAUUUUUCCAAGCACAACUCCGCCGAUUCUCUUUGUGCAAGCUGGCUCGAAAAAAUUUUUGACAUUUGCACAAAAGGUCUUGUGAAAAAAGGUGAUGAGUUAAUUUUGGCAAGUGCCUUGAUAAGCGUGACUUUGUGGAAGAGUUUAGACAAUUUCGACUUGAAAAAAAUGGGUUUGAAGCUUCAAUCUUCGAUCAUGGAAACUUGCUAUUUACUUCUUGAUGAUAGUGACGAAGAUACGCUUCCCAUUAUUCUCGAAGCAAUAUCUGCUGCUAUAAGCAUAGACAAUGUUACUAUUUUCAAGUGUGAAAUAGAAGAGAAUCUUUCGGUUGUUGACUUGUUUUUACGGGUAUCUUUUAAGGAUCCUGCCAAUAUUCAAGUCACGAUUGACUCAAGUGAAUGCUUGCAGGUCUUGCUAUCUAAUAUAGGAUUGGAGACUUUCCUAGGCGUUUGUCAGAAGCUGGUCCCCUUUCUAGUGGAAGUCAUUAGGACCACAUUGUCUCAAAAUUGCGUUCAGUAUACUCCUCAAUUGGAUUUGGCAUUAGAGUUACUAGGAUACGUGAUUGAAGCUUCUCCCUGUCCGAAACUCCCGAAAGACAUUUUUCAUUAUAUCUUUCCAGUGUUGAGAGACUUGAUCUUGAAAGCAAGUGAUGAUCAAAUCUUGCAGAGCGCCGGAGAGUUAUUCAACAAAUUGAUGCAAAACAAUGAGAGUUUAUUCAUCAAGUACUCAGAUCCAGAUACUGGGCAAUCAGGACUAGACAUUUUGCUUCAUAUUGCUUCAAAAUUUCUUUCGUUGAAUUUAAGCGACCAAGCAGCGAUGAAUUGUGGCUUGAUAGUUAUAACAAUUUUCGAAAGGUUUCAGACAUGUUUGAACAGUGACUUUUUCUUUCAACUCCUUGAGGCAACAGUCAGACGAGUUGCCAUUGCGAAAGAAGUUCUCACAGUCGAAAAUCUAAUUUUAGUAUUUUGCAACCUAGCGCUCAACACAGCUACUCAUCUUAUGAUUGACGCUCUCAUAAGUAUGCAAAUAAGUGAUUCAUCUGGAAACUUGCAAGAUGGCUUGAGAACGGUUUUACCCAUUUGGUUUGAGUCGUUUGAAGUGACGAGAGGUGUUGAAAAAAUUCAAAAGAACAUACUCGCGUUGGGCAGAAUCUUCUCACUUGGAGACCCAAGAGUUGAAAGCAUCAAAGUGAAUGGUGAUUUGAUACCAUAUGACGGUGAUCUCAUAAUCACAAGGUCUAUGGCGAAGUCAAUGCCGCAAAAAUUUACGCGAAUUUCAGCUUCACAGAAAAUUUUAAAGUUGUUAGUAAGUGAACUCAGGUUCCAGUCUCUGCAGCCCGACUCUGAUGACUAUGUUCUCCAUAAUUCCGACGAUGGUGAUGACGAAGAUGGGUGGGAGGAUAUGGACGGAAUGGGAAUUCCCAACUACGACAAACUAAAAUCUUAUGUGGAUUCUGAUGAGGAAGAACAUGAUCAAAUGUCAGAUAAAGGAAUCAAGGAUACACUUGUCCAGUUCUUCAAAGAAUGUAUCACAAAAAAUGUUGCGAACUUCCAAUUCUACUACGAAAUGUUGGAUGACGAUGAGAAAGCUGCUAUAUCUGAAAAUGUGAUAUUUGCCUAA